AUGAAGAGAGCAACAAUAAUUAAUUAUUAUUGGGGAUUGAUAGUAGUAUUACUUUUCAUGAUGAAUUUAUUUUCAUCCCUGUCAUCAUCAAAGCCUACAAUUAAUUUAAAUAAUUUAAAGAGAGUUUUUUUGAAUGGUGCUACUACUAGUAAUAACAAUUAUAGAUUGCCAAUUAUAUUAAUUCCUGGAUAUGCAGCUUCAAUGUUAUCCGUUGAAGAAAUAGCAAACCCGGGGAAAAUUGUGAGAAAUUUAUAUGAAACUUAUCCUGAUUCGACAUUUGGCAUGAAAAUGAUGUCUAGUUCGAUUGUGGGUGAUGUGGAAAUGGAUUCAUUUGCUGCCAAGGAGAAUGGAUGGAAUAUUGUGUCACCAAUGCAAAGAUCUGGUCUCUAUGCUGUUGAUAAUUUAAAUCCAGAUUCUGAUAAUGGAGUUGGUCCGAAGAGAUACUAUUUUCAUGAACUGAUUGAAUAUUUAAAGUCAAUUGGAUAUGAGGAAGGAGUGACUUUGUUUGCAUUUCCAUAUGAUUGGAGAGAUUCUAUCAUUAACUCAGCAUUCAAAUUGUCAACUUAUAUUGCAAAUAUUAAGACUCUAACCAAGGCGAACAAGGUCAAUCUCAUUUCUCACAGUAUGGGAGGCUACGUCUCAAAAACAGCAUAUGUUGUUAACCGUGAACUUUACAAGUCUGUCAAUGUUCACAUUAGUUUUGCCACUCCCUGGCAAGGAACAGGAAGAGAUUGGAUUGCUUCAUCACUUUUUGGAGGAAAUUUGAAUAAUAUCAAGUUGGAUGCUUUGGCUGUGAGAGAUGUUUCGUUAGGUUCUAUUGCACAUUAUGAAAGAAUGGCACUCAGCAACAAGGCAAAGAAUGUUGGAGGUUCUCUCACUCCAAGAAUUGUAAUUAAUGGAGUUUCAGUAACUGAAGAUCAAGUGAUUCAAGGUUUGAAAUCUUUCCUGAAAGAAAAUACUGUAUACUAUGGUGAAAAUAAUGCCAAGUCACGAGUUAUUCCAUUCAGAGAUGAUAUUUACACAUCGAAAGCUUCCAACAAUAUUAUCAAACAAAUCUAUGAUUCUUCAAAACUCGAUCAGCCAAGCUAUUUCUACAACAUUAUUGGCAUGGAUAAACCAACUCCAAUUUCUAUCAUUCUCAAAGGUGAAGGCAUUUCUGUUGAUGCCAACAGUAAUGUAGUAAUUUCCAACUUUAGUAAUAUUUUCUAUGCCAUGGAUGACUACAUUUCUGGUGAUGGAUUGGCCACUUAUCAAUCUGUGGAAGCAGAUGGUUUCGAAGCAACCCAAAGACUCUCAUUCCCAUAUUCACACAAUGGUAUUUUGAAGAAUAUUGAUUCACAUCAGGCUAUCAAGUAUUACCUUGGACUCAAUUGUUAUAUCAUUGGUACUUGGUCCAUCACUCUCAAAGAUUCCUAUAACAAGACAAGUGUUGAAACAGUAUUCAUUAGAGAGUCAUACAAUUGGCAAGCUUACUCAACCAGAUUCAAUAUGAAUGGUACAUACUUUGGAGAUAAGUGGAAAGGAUCUAUGCAAAUUGAUGACAAGACAGCCACCUUCAACGUUGUUCUUAAAGAAGGAUCCUCAUCAGGAGAUGGAAACUGUCUCCUUUCCUCAAUGACUGGAUCCAUUCUAGAUUUAUCAUCAAAUACAAUGUAUACUCUCACUGGCCAAAGAUCAACCAGUGGUAAUGAAUGUAAUUCAGAUAAGUCUUGUCCAACUGAGAACGGUAAUUCAGUAAGGAAAUGCAUUGACGGAUUCCUGCUCGAUAGUUGUAUCAUCUCGCAGUGCAAUGCAGGAUAUAAGGUGUCUGUUGGGCAGCCAGUAACGCCAUCAAAAUGCAUUGAGGAGAAUCUUAAUUGGAUAAUAGCACCAGUGGUGAUUGGCAGUUUGUUGCUCGCUUUCCUCUUUUGUUUACUUAUAUCCCUCAUAGUAUGUGCUAUCAUCCGUUUAGCAAAACCCAAAACCACCAACAGUUCCCACUACCGACAGUUCUAA